UGAGAAUUUGAGCUUGACAUUGUCUCGUGAAAAGGACAGGAACACUGUGGAUCCGAAUUUUCUCUGCUGACUUGAUGGAUCUAGAAAAUAUGAUGGUCAGAGGUCGGCCCUUCAUUUCCCUGCAAAGUGUAGAGGAUUCGUUUUGACAAGGUGGAGAAAGCCUUUUUUGAUCUCCACCAACAUUUGUUUGUUUUUUGAAAAAAUAAAUAAAACGGAUGAGAGAGCAAACUCGGUCAUCCGUUCUUCCUCCAGUUGACAUAAGCAGGAACUACUGCAGAAAGAGAGUCAGCCGUGAUUGUUGCGCGAUCCAGUUGGUGUGUUUCCUCAUCGCCGCCAAUCAUCUAGAACUGAUCUGCCCGUCCGUGGUGUGCCCCGCCUACUUGUGACUUUUUUCGGAAAACAAAGGAGCGCCCGUCUAUGCCAACCCAAACAGACAGAGCACUGUUGUAGUCGUAGUAGUGAGCUCAACCGACAUCGACGCCUGGAUGGUAAUUUCGACGCCGUUUCUCGUCCCGGCACUGUUGGAUGCGGGACCAUCGUCCGACUAUCGCAUUUGAUUCUCCCAAAUAACAUUGUGCGGUCGCAAAGGAACGAACGGACGGCUAUUGCGACGCUUCAGUUGGACGGAAAAUCCCCUGAAUUUGGUUGUUGAAGCCUGAAACACUCUCUCUCUCGGUCCGAUUGUUGUUUGCAGUUGAUUCGCGAUGGCCAGUUGGUUGCCUGUGAGUUGUCUCCUGGUUUACGUCUUUGUCAGCAGUUGCUAUGGCAACGGCUCAUCAUUGAGCAGCAUCGGAGGCGUCAUCGGCGGUGGUGGCGGAGGCGCUGGAGGUGACACUUUCUUUCCCGAUUGGGGUGUGGGUGGUGGCCGGGCUGCUCAGCCUACCUGCCUGGACAUUCCGCGCAACUUGUCCCUCUGUCACGGCAUUCGUUAUUCCAAAAUGCGAUUGCCCAAUCUCCUGGAUCACGACUCGAUGGCCGAAGUCAUCCAACAGGCGGCCUCAUGGGUCCCACUUCUCAACGUCCGCUGCCAUGCCGACACCCAGCUCUUCCUCUGCUCUCUCUUUAGUCCCGUGUGUCUCGAUCGGCCCAUCUAUCCCUGUCGGGGCCUCUGCGAGCGUGUUCGACAGGGCUGCGAAGGACGCAUGAAGACUUACGGCUAUCCGUGGCCAGAUAUGCUCCGAUGCGACAAAUUCCCGCUGGAUAACGACAUGUGCAUCGGACCUCUCUCUUCUGGCUCUUCAUCUGAAGCAAGUGAUUGCCAGGCCUGCGAAGAAGUCGAUACCUAUGAAAAUAUCAUGGACAAUUAUUGCCGCGCAGAUUUCGUUGCGCGGACUAAACUUCGACGCGUUCGACGCAACAAAGUUAGCGGCAAGAAAUCCAAAAUGUUGAAAAUGUCGACUGAAAUGCGCGAGGAAUGGCGCCGCAACCAACGCCCCAAUCUCAUUAUGGAACUGGGCGACGACUGCUGCACGGAUCAUUUCAAUACGGUAGCGCUAAGCCGGACAGCGGCAGGCGGAAGCAACGGAGGCGAUCGUUUCCUGGUAAUGGGCGUCCAGCGCAACGGCCAAUUGGUUCCCACUCUCAUCCUACCUUGGACAAAAAGAUCCAAAGCAAUUCGGAGUGCGGUCAAAGCUUUCAAACAAUUCAACUGCUCGGAUCCUAAAGCCGUUUUCGCAUCCGAGACGGCGCCUUCCAUUAUCGAGGGCAACGAUCGCCAGCGGAGGGGUAAGCAAAUGCGCGAGAGGACAACUACCAGCACCACAACAACAACAACAGCAGCCCCGACGACAGUCUCGACGACUCGGAAAGGCCGGGGACAAGGACAGAGGAGCCGAAACAGAGCAGAUAAUCACCAUCUUCAAGGACAAUCGGUGCGCCAUCAACACCAACUUCAAUAAAGAAAAA